AUGCUUAAGAACAAAAACCAUUAUGUGAACUUUGAGGAACAUUUAAAAUUUGAAAUAAGCAAUGAUAUAAACAGUAACGAUGAAGAUGAAAAUGAAGAUAAUGAGCAAAUAGCUUCUAUCAAUUCUAUCAAUUUACCUAUUAGUCCUUCAAGUUUAGCAAUAGAUAUUGAUACUCUUAAUGUGGUAAAAUUGUUGAAAUCAUGUCUUCAAAGAAAUAUAUUGAUAAUAACGACGAGCAAUUAG